GGAGAUGAGGGAGGAGGAAAAAUAAGGAGGCGAUUGUUGGGGAGUUGGAGAUGUUUAUAAAGGCUGGAAUGAAAGAGAGAGAGAGAGAGAGAGAGAGAGAUCCACACACAAACACCCAGGAGCAGAAGAUUGCAGAAGAUUGCCUGGAUUUAUAAUCACACAGGUUCCAAGUGACAGUGAGAGCUUACCCUUGUUGAAAAGGAGUCUGGAAUACAAAGUUUGCUCUGCCUGUGGUUUUCUAAUCCACAGCACACAUUAAAACACCAUGUUGAGAAAGCAUCCCGCUCCUCCACUCCUUCUCUCCAUCGCUUUACUCAUCUCCUCCAUGUCGGCAUCGUCAUCAUCACAACAACGCAAUGCUACACGACCCAGCGUUCGCAGUCCUUCAUUUGAUACGGAGGACUAUGAUGUGAUCUAUGAGGACAGUACAGUAUCGACACACAUCCCCCCGGGUUCUCCUCCUCCGCUCUGCCAGUAUGACCUCUGCAAGGACCAGCAGGAGUCGUGUCAGAAGCUCGCACUCACUCUGUCCUGUUCCUGCCCCGGCAUCAGUGGCCCCUUGGACCCUCCGGACCCUCCUUCUCUCCAGAGUCUGUCUUUAGAAAACAAGGGAACGGUGGUGGUGGUACGGUGGUGCGCGCCGUCUUCCACGGUCACGCACUACCUCGUGCAGGUGGACGGUCAGGACGAGGCGCGCGAGGCGAGUGCGAAUAGGAGGAUGAUGGAGCUGGGAGACAUCGCUCCUGGCACUGAGGUGUGCGUGGAGGCGGUGAACAAGGCGGGCGUCAGCGCCCGGGGGAGCCAUUCGUGCACCCGCUUCGACCCCAACAUCUCCGAGACGAGGCUCGCCAUCAAGUUGGUGCUCAUCGGAGCAGCGGUGGUGCUGGCGGUAGGGAUCGUGUUAGCGCUGGUGCUCUGGUGGUGCAGGAGACACCGGAAAGCUGUGACACGGACAGCAAACCGAGGAACCGACGUGGUGCUCUGAGGGAGAGGAAACACAAAGCAGGAGAUCUCUAAUAACUGCUGCUCGAAGGAUUUUUACUGGAAUGUCCGUGUACAAAAGCACUUUAGUAAUGAUAGUAUUGUUUGAGUAUUAACUGUAUGUGAUUUGUUCUUUUUACUAUUAUUAUUAUUAUUAUUAUUAUUAUUAUUAUUAUUAUUAUUAUUUUUAAAUAUAUACAUGUACGUCUUUUUUUGGAAGUAAAUUUUUCUUGAAUGUACUCGUUUAUUCACAGCGCUUGUCCUUAUUGAAGACUCUCUGCUAAUGUUGACAAUACAGCCGGAAGCUUUCCACUUUUUCCCGCACUGGUUGUGGUUUUGUACUUCAUGCGUCACAGAACCAACCACGUCGAGGUUCUCACGUCAGUCAUGAAACGCUUAGUUUGUUUUUCUCCAUAUAAGAAUACGACCCUCUGAUUGGCUGGAGUGGAAAAAAAAACUGAUCAGCGUGAGCAAUCCAAGAUCAACCAUGCUGUGUUUGUUUGUUGUUGUUUUUUUUUGUUUUUUAAAAUAAACUGAUAUUAGCAUGAUGUCUAAAAAAAAAAAAUCUGAAUUGCAAUUGCGGUAACCACAUUACAAACGGUAGCCUGUAGAGGGCAGAGCUGAGCAGCUUGGUCUCAAAAUGAAACGCAACUCCCUUGAUAAAUUUCAUGCUGUGAAUCCCAAUUUUCUUUAUGUAUCUCUGUACAACAAUGCUGUUGAAUUCUUGA